AUGAGUGCACGCCAGUUAGCUGGCUCGAGUGGACUGUCGGAUCAGGCCGUUUUGUCAAAACUGCUGAAGAGAAAGGUAAGAUCCACUUCAAGUAUUUCAUCGAAAGACGGGACAAAUGAGAAAAAGAGAGCGAGUUCAAACAAUUCUGUGAUAAAAACAACAUCAAAAAAUCCUAAACAAAAGCAAACAUAUGUUAAUUCACAUAACCUCCCUAACUCCACGAAUACUGAAAUGAAUACUUUAAUUAUUGAAAAUAAUAACUCUGCGACCCAUAUCAUUGAAUCUAUACUAGAACAUGAUGUUAACAACACUGGAGUACCAGAAAAUGCUGUUCAGAGUUCAAAUGCAACAAAUACACCAACAACAAUAAAUAGUAUCCCUAACGUUCCAGUCAGUAAUAGGUUUGAACCUCUUUCUACGGAAAUGGAAGACGAACCUGACGAAACAAUAGUUACUCAUCAACCACCUCCAAUUAAAAUAAAAGGCAUAACAAACUUCCAAACUCUCUGCACGAAUUUAAGGCGGAACACGACCGACUUACUUACACCGUCCCUAUCUCGCAAAAACUACACAACACGACUUACGCACAGGCAACGUGUACUAAAACUACAUAUCACAACACAACACCACAAUUCACAACUGCUCAAACAACGAGUGUAA